UUAUUUGGCGCGUUUUGCGUACCAACCCAAAUCUCCUGCUUCUGUGAGGAAUGUCGGAUAUGGAUUCCCAACCCCCAAGCAAGUUUUGAGUCUUCUCAGGAACGUAAGAUGAGAUUCUAAGUUCUAACCCCCUCCAAUUUCCAAAACAGCAGAAACCCAUUACCAUGAGGGGAUUCUAAGCAACACAGCAUGAACCUGAGAGCAUUCAAGAAGAGAUUGAGGUUAUUUUACUCGAGCUGGAAGGAAAGAAACGGAUCUCUAUGGUGUGAUUCCAACGUUCUUUUGCUCUGCACACCCCCUCCACCCGCCGACGGUUCCCCUUCCGCCGCCCUUUCCCAUCCAGUAACCUCCGCCUUCUACGUCUGGCUUCUCGGCCAUGACUUCCCCGACACGAUUGCUGUCUUCACGUACAACGGAAUCUACUUCGUGUGCACCAAGAAGAAGGCAUCCCUCCUCAAGAAACUGGUGCCUACUGCCAUGGAAGCUGAGAAUGUCGUAAUCGCGAUCCAUGAGAAGGUCAGUAAAGAUAAUGGGUAUGCGUUGAUGGAUGAGAUUUUACAGGCGGUGAGGGAUCGAUUCAAGUCGACGUUGCCGCCUUUUCCGGCCAAGUAUAAUUCCGAGAGUGACGGUAACCGUCCUUUUGUCAUUGGGUUGGCCGAGGGAGAGUUUCCGAGAUCAAAGCUUUUAUGGACGUGGAGCAGGAAGGCCGAGACGGAUGAAUGUAGAACAGUGUAUGUAAACAGUGCUCUGUCCAGGUUGUUUGGAGUCAAGGCUGAUAAAGCAUUGAAUGUUGAUCUUCAUAUGAAGGCUCUACCGAAGGGAGUAGAAGAGGCCUUAUUGUUGGAUGAUGAGAGAAGGACUGCUGAGGAUCUAUCAGAAAAAACAAUAAAGUCUGAAAAGGAGGCGGAAGAAGCAAAAAUAAGCAAACAAGAUUGUAAUACACAAUUGUCAAUUAGUCUGCCUCGGAAAAACGAGAGAGCUGAUGCACUUGUUGAGUCUACCUUGGAUUUUGAUGACACGGGCGAUUGGGUUGUGGUUUAAUUUGAUUUGGAGGAAUAUGCAUAGAGAGGAAGAACUAGGAUUGGGCAAUUACUACCUGUGAUCAAGCAAACUUCAGCAUCUCCUGAAGUUUUAUUAUGCCACCUGGGCAUUUAAUCUCAGCAUUUGCUGAAGAAAGAUGUUCAGAGUGGAUCAGAAGAAACUGAUAAAAAAAGAGUAGACCAGAAGACCGAAUGCCAGCUGAUGGGAUGUAUUGCAUUUCAUUUAAAUUAUGGAACUGAAACAGGAACUCCAAUAAACAAAAUCAAUAAAGAGCAUCUUCCAUGGGAUGUAUUGCAUUUCAUUCCAUCUCGGCUUUAACUGGUUGUUAUCGAACUGGUUUGAAUAUGAACAUGCAGUCCAAAUAUCGAUCUGGUGGGCAACUCAUGGUUGGAACUUUAUGUAAUUUAUAUUGGCGUUUUUAUUUCUUUAAUACUUUUUGAUUAUUCAUUUCAUGUGCUGUAUGUAAUUUAUAUGAACUUGUAAAAUUCAUUAGGAAUUGUAGACUGAUGAAAAAUCAAAUAUCAGUUGCAUCAAAUAUAUCCUUUAUUAAUGGAGUGGGCCCAAUACAUGUGAUCUGAACAAUUAUUAAGAGGAGGUCGGCUUUUAAACAUUGAAUGUAUGUUUUUCUAUGUACAAUGCAUUGUUCAUCACUCAUCCGUGGCAUCUGACUUGUUUGAGCAUUGGCCUAAAUGGAUUGGAUUGGUGGAAAUUAGUCUCUGUUUGGAUAACCUUUUGAUU